AUGCCUGAAGGAAAAAACUUUUUUAAUCUUUCAUCUCGGAAAGAGGUCGUUUUCGAAGAAAUUGAACCUACGAAGCAGGUUGAGUCCAGAGCCAUGAUUAAUCACUCGAAUUCACCCGUUAAAUCGAGUCCUACUUCCCCCCCUAAGACUCACCUAAUCGAACCCGCUGCGAGUCCAAGGGUCAAUGUCUACGAUGGCACUCCACCAGGCCAGGGUGAGCCUUACUACCUCCCUGAAGGAGCCGUCAUCGAAUUCUUUCUUCACGACAAGCCCAUCGAAUUUUAUGGCCAGUGUGCUUGUUUAGUGCGCAAUAUUGAUAUCCCUGGACUGUAUGCUAUUCGUGUGCCCGCCGAAAUUGAUCUAUACGCUGCCAUUGGUUUGAGACAGAUGUUCGAGAGCCGCCUUUCUGUUAAGGCUCGCGAGGAACUUUACCUCAAGAACGGUCCCUACGUCAAGGAGCGCGAGGUUGGAGUCAAUUGUGGCACUCACGAUUACCCGCUUAACACCAACUACGAAAUGUUUACACAUGGCCAAUUGCAACAACCCCAGUCUGAGCCAGGAUCUAGCUAUGCUACUCCUGCUCGUGGCGGAGAAAUCGACUACUACCGCCCUACAGACCCUCAAAACUUCGCUGUGUAUCCAGAGAUGUUGGAAAGACCUGACCCUUUCGUUGAUGCCACAUCCUCAGUCGCCAGUUCCUCUCCUGUUGGAAGUGAUCAAGGUGCUAGAGGUAGUAGUUUCGUUUAUCGCGAAAACAAUGAGUUUUACCCUUCGAAUGGAGGAAGAACCUAUAAUGAAUCUGCUGCAGACCUUGAGUUACAGAGUGCAACUGACAGAAAGACUGACUUGCGUGUCAAUAGCGGUGGCUAUGUCAGGAUGAUGUUUCCGGCCGUCGAGAAGCCUCUUGAGCCAGUCUAUGACCAGCCUAUUUCCCCUGCCCGUCGAUUCAAUCCACAGCAGCGUGAACACUUUGAUGGGAUGUAUGACGAAAAUGACCGUCGUGUUACCCAUAUGGCUCAGAAUGUCCAGCAUGGGCCAUUGAUUAUGGUCCCGACAAGGCCUGCUGCUGAAAACCCUGCUAGUCUUCCGCCGCGUCACUUAAAUAAGAAGACCAAUGCCCUCUACAAGACCGAGAUGUGCCGUAACUGGAAUGAAAUUGGGGAAUGCCGUUAUGGUCGCUCUUGCCAGUUUGCUCAUGGAAAGAAGGAGCUCCGCAUAGUUCCCCGUCAUGGACAAUGGAAGACCAAAACUUGUAUGGCGUGGUUACACGGUGGUUGCACUUAUGGAAGCCGCUGCUGCUAUGCCCAUGAAAUCAUUGAUGGUGAUGGUCAUCCAUUGCCAGGUGGUAAUUCCGUUGAUCAGGUUGCUACUCCAGCUCCCGAGAAUGGAGAAUCCAGAUUCAGUGAUUUCUUUGCCAGCCGCUGCUGGACCUAA